GCUACCUUGCCUCCUCCCGCCUUGGACGCGUCUCCCCUCACCAUGCUGCGACGUGUCCCCAUCACUUCAGAUGGAAAGGUCGUCGACCGCCUCCAGGAGAGCUCCCGCAUAAACAAGCCUUUCAAGCCCCCCACUAGCCUUGUCCAGCGCAAUCAGCCGACGCGCAAGCGAAAGCGAGCAGACUACAAGGAUCAGCAAAGACAAUCCGAUGACUCUGGCUCGGAGGGUGAUGAGGCACCCAAGAAGAAGAAGAAGAAGCUUGAUAAGAACGGCUUCCCCGAGCGGCCGCGAGAUAGCAAUGUCGUGCACUAUCCCGUGUUCAAGGUUAAGCCCUUCAGCGAGGUCGCCCGCAGGUUCUCUAUACCAGAGAUGAGGACCAAGGAUGGAUCCGUUGUUACUCUCACACGGACCAAUGCUGCUCUCGGUAUCCGUCCACUCGCCAACAUCAUUCCACGACCCCUGCACGACCCGAUGGAGGAUCAUGCCAUUGUCCUCUACGACCCAACUGUCGAUGACAGAGAGACUGAUGAGGAACGCAGAGAGCGCGAGAAGGAGGAAGCUCGUGAGAAGGCCGCACAGGAGGCUCGUGAGAAGACUGCAGGUAUGUACAACCCGCAUAAGAGUCUGAAGGAACUCCUCGGUGGCGGCAAGGAGAAGAAGAAACGUAACGACAAGGUCGCUGUCGUCAUCGAUCCCCGUCUAAGCAAGGUCCUGCGCCCACAUCAAGUGGAGGGUGUCAAGUUCUUGUACAGGUGUACGACCGGCAUGGUGGUCGAGAACCAGUAUGGAUGCAUCAUGGCGGACGAGAUGGGUCUUGGAAAGACCUUGCAAUGCAUCGCCCUCAUGUGGACGUUAUUGAAGCAAUCGCCACGGGCGGGCAAAGGCACCAUCGAGAAGUGCAUAAUUGCGUGCCCGGCUAGUCUCGUCAAGAAUUGGGCGAAUGAACUUGUUAAGUGGCUGGGAAAGGACACUAUCUCCGCGCUCGCUAUCGACGGGAAAGGCGGGAAAGCCGAAAUGCUAGAGAGAGUUGCGCGGUGGGUCGCAGCGGGGGGCAGGAAUGUGUCUCAACCAGUGAUGAUCGUCUCAUAUGAAACCCUGCGCACACUUUCUGUGCAUCUCGCCAACUCUACCAUUGGACUGCUGUUGUGCGACGAAGGACAUCGGCUCAAGAACUCUGAAUCCCAAACUUUCCAGGCUUUGAGCGGUCUGAACGUGAAACGACGCGUCAUCCUGUCCGGUACCCCAAUUCAGAACGAUCUGUCAGAGUAUUUCUCCCUGUUGAGCUUCGCGAACCCGAAUUUCCUGGGGUCGAAGAACGACUUCAGGAAGAACUUCGAGAACGCCAUCAUCCGUGGCCGUGACGCUGACGCCAGUGAUGCAAUUAAGGCAGAGAGCGAGAAGAAACUCAAGGAGCUUGGCGCGCUCGUCUCGAAAUUCAUUAUUCGGCGCACGAACGAUCUGCUCUCCAAGUACUUGCCGGUGAAGUACGAGCAAGUCGUCUUCUGCGGCCUCUCCGAGUUCCAGCUUUCUCUAUACCGACUCUUCAUAUCGUCGCCAGAGAUCCAGGCGCUUCUUCGAGGUGCAGACUCUCAGCCGCUCAAGGCGAUCAACAUCUUGAAGAAGCUCUGCAACCACCCCGAGCUACUCGAUCUUCCCAAGGAUCUUCGCGGCUCCGAGAAAUUGUUGCCAGCAGACUUCACUGGCGCUGGUUCGAGCGCACGGAGCAAGGGAAGAGACCAGACGGUGCAUUGUCAAUGGGGUGGCAAGUUCGUCGUAUUGGAGAGGUUCCUGCACCGCAUACGCACAGAGACGACCGACAAGAUCGUAUUGAUCAGCAACUACACCCAAACGCUCGACUUGUUCGAGAAGCUCUUGAGGAGUAAGAAGUAUGGUUAUUUCCGCUUGGACGGCACACAGACCAUCAACAAGCGCCAGAAGUUGGUUGACCAGUUCAACGACCCCGAUGGCAAGGAAUUCGUCUUUUUGCUGAGCAGCAAAGCCGGUGGAUGCGGUAUCAACUUGAUCGGCGCGAACCGUCUGAUUCUCUUUGAUCCUGACUGGAAUCCUGCUGCUGACCAGCAAGCACUAGCUCGAGUGUGGCGUGACGGCCAGAAGAAAGAGUGCUUCGUAUAUCGCUUCAUCUCGACCGGUACUAUCGAGGAGAAGAUAUUCCAACGGCAAGCGAACAAACAAGCGCUCUCGUCUGCGGUUGUAGACGAGAAGGAGGACACUGAGCGCCACUUCUCCGUGGAUGCCCUUCGGAAGCUGUUUCUCUUUAACGAGAAGACGCUCUGCGAGACGCAUGAGACAUUCAAGUGUAAGCGUUGCAAGGACGGGAGACAGGUCAUAAAGGCUCCUGCACUGCUCUACGGUGACGCGAGCACAUGGAACCACUUCACAAAUACUGAGCUCAAAAACAAUCACGACGACCUGUUGCGCGCUGAAGUCGGGCUGCCCGAGGUGUCUUUUGUUUUCCAGUAUAUCAGUCACUAGUGCUGCAUGGUCCUUUCGCGGAUCACUUUACGGUUUGCUACCGGCCGAUGGACUCUAGUUUAGAUGGGU